UCCCCCCCCCCCCCCCCCCCCAAACGCCGCGGCGCCCAGCUGGGCCUCCCUCCGAGCCCAAACUCCCCUCGCGCGCCGCCGCCUCAUUCGCGGCCGCCGAAUGCCCGCGCCCGGCGCGUCCUGCCCCUGAACCCUCGAGGCGUGCCUAGCCCGCGCCGCGCGGCGUUGUCCAAGACGGCGCCCUGCGGCCUCGGUUGCGGCGGCGGGGGAGCCGGAGGAGGGGCCGGGAGGCUGAGGCGGCUCGUGGGGUCCAUGGCGAUGGCAGGGACGGCGCCGGCGCCGGCGCCCGCGCUGCUCCGGCGGUGCCCGUGCUCGGCGCCUCCGUGGGCGCCCUCGCCCUUCCGCCCCCGCCGCCGCGGACGCUCCACGAUGUCGCCCUUCACCGGCGGCAGAAGGCAGGAGUACUCUCAUAGUUCAGGUGUUGGAAUUCAAGACAACAAACAUCUUAAGUUUGGAGUAUGUGUCAACUUUAACGUGCAAAGUAGUGGGGCGCAAGAAUGGGCUGCUGAGAGCAAGAGGUUAUCUUCCAUCAGAACCAGCAACGGUACCUACAAUGGUUCCAGUCAUCUAGGGCCGGUAAUUCUUCAUCAUGAACACCUAGAAGAUUUCAAGAGCUCCAAACAGUCUUCAGCUCACAGUGUAAGACAAAGAAUGGCGCCGAAUUCACUUGCAAAUAGGCAUGCCAAUAUGGAACCUGCAAAGCAUCACAUGAUUAACCGUGCUGCAGCUGCUGUGUCAGCACUGGCCAGUGUUGUUAAAGAUGACACCAAACCAGUUAACAGGCAUUGUGAAUCCGAAGUGGUGGCUCAGUGGCCAAAUGGUUCCAAGUUUCAUGCUUCUCUUCCGAAAAUUUCUGAAGUUGAAACAAGCUUGCCAUUUGAUGACAAGGCUACAGAAAGCAAUGCUAAAGAUGGAAAUGAAUGCUCACCCAAGGAGACAGUACAACCUUCUCCAGCUAGAGCACCCUUGUCCAAGGAGUCUAAAGACGCACGGAAGGCACUGGCUACCAUCUAUGAAAAAGUUCUGGUGGUUGAUGAUGUCAAGUCAGCUAGGAGAGUUGUUCAGUUGCUUACUACAAAGUACAGAAAUUUUAUUCAUGCAUGUGAUACAGAGGUAGCUAAUAUUGAUGUUAAACAAGAGACACCAGUUGGCCAUGGAAAGGUCACAUGCUUUAGCAUCUACUCUGGCACUUCUGGUGCUGAAGCUGAUUUUGGAAAUGGCAAGACAUGCAUUUGGGUGGAUGUGCUGGAUGGUGGACGGGAUGUCCUCAUGGAGUUUGCCCCAUUUUUUGAAGAUCCAUCAGUUAGGAAGGUUUGGCACAAUUAUAGUUUCGAUAGUCAUGUCAUAGAGAACUAUGGAAUUAAAGUUUCUGGAUUUCAUGCUGAUACAAUGCAUCUUGCACGACUUUGGGACUCAUCAAGAAGAACGGAUGGAGGAUAUUCUCUUGAGGGACUUACAAAUGAUCACAGGGUCAUGGGUGUUGUCCCAAAGGAAUUGCAAAAGAUCGGGAAGCGGUCAAUGAAAACCAUCUUUGGUAGGAAAAAGAUAAAAAAAGAUGGAUCAGAAGGUAAAAUUACUGCAAUUGAGCCUGUUGAAAUUUUACAAAGAGAAGACAGAGAACUGUGGAUCUGUUAUUCUUCACUAGAUUCCAUGAGUACAUUGAGGCUUUAUGAAAGCUUGAAAAGCAAGCUUGAAAGAAAGCCCUGGACUUUUGAUGGUGUCCCCAGAGGUUCAAUGUAUGAUUUCUAUGAGGAGUAUUGGCGUCCUUUUGGUGCUAUUCUUGUCAAAAUGGAAACAGCUGGAAUGCUUGUUGACCGUGCUUACCUUUCACAGAUUGAAAAAGUUGCUGUUGCACAGCGCAAAUUAGCUGCUGAUAAAUUUCGGAAGUGGGCAUCUAAGUAUUGCCCUGAUGCAAAAUACAUGAAUGUUAAUAGUGAUACUCAGAUUCGACAACUCUUCUUUGGUGGUAUAGAGAACAGAUGCAAACCUGGUGAAUUUUUGCCGAAGAGUAAAGCUAUUAAAGUGCCUAAUGAUGAAACUGCAGUUGCAGAAGGCAAGAAGAUUCCAAAGUAUCGCACAAUUGAACUUUUCAGUAUUGUGGAAGACCUCCAAACUGAAAUAUUGACUGCAAGUGGCUGGCCUUCAGUUAGUGGGGAUGCAUUGAGAAAUUUGGCUGGGAAAGUUCCAUCGGAUCUUGUUUACACAACAGAUGAUGUAAAUGAUGAUGAAUGUGGUAGUGAUUCUGAAAUUUCUGAUCGUGACCUAGAAGACACCUCCUCUUAUGGAACUGCAUAUGAAGCAUUUGGAGGAGGCAAGAAAGGAAAAGAAGCAUGCCAUGCCAUUGCAGCUCUAUGUGAGAUCUGUUCUAUUGACUCGUUGAUAUCCAACUUCAUUCUUCCUUUACAGGGAAAUCAUAUAUCAUGUAAGGAGGGGCGGAUCCACUGUUCUUUAAAUAUCAACACAGAAACAGGGCGUUUAUCGGCGAGGACACCAAAUUUACAGAACCAACCUGCACUUGAAAAGGAUCGGUAUAAAAUCCGCCAAGCUUUUGUUGCAGCUCCAGGGAACACUCUUAUUGUUGCUGAUUAUGGUCAGCUGGAGCUCAGGAUAUUGGCACAUCUUGCCAAUUGUAAAAGCAUGUUAGAUGCUUUCAAAGCUGGUGGUGACUUCCAUUCCAGGACUGCCAUGAACAUGUACCAGCAUAUUCGUGAGGCUGUUGAAGAAGAGAAAGUAAUUCUUGAAUGGCAUCCUCAACCUGGUCAAGAGAAACCUCCUGUGCCGCUGUUGAAGGAUGCUUUUGGUGCUGAGAGGAGGAAAGCUAAAAUGCUAAAUUUUUCCAUUGCAUAUGGAAAAACAGCCCAUGGGCUUGCUCGCGAUUGGAAGGUUUCUGUUAAGGAAGCAAAGGACACACUGAAACUCUGGUAUAGUGACCGAAAGGAGGUUCUGGCUUGGCAAAUGAAGCAGAAAGAACUAGCACAGGAGAAGUGUGAAGUUUAUACUUUGCUUGGGCGAUCACGCCGUUUUCCAAACAUGGCUUAUGCAACUUCUGGCCAAAGGGGUCACAUUGAGCGUGCUGCUAUCAAUGCUCCUGUACAGGGCAGUGCAGCAGAUGUUGCUAUGUGUGCAAUGCUUGAGAUAGACAGGAAUACUCGUCUUAAGGAACUUGGUUGGACGCUACUCUUGCAGGUGCAUGAUGAAGUGAUACUGGAAGGGCCUGAAGAGUCUGCUGAACUGGCCAAGUCCAUAGUGGUCGAGUGCAUGUCUAAGCCCUUCUAUGGCACCAACAUCCUGAAUGUCGACCUCGCUGUUGAUGCCAAAUGUGCGCAGAAUUGGUAUGCAGCCAAGUAGACCUUGCUGUUUGUCCUCCUCUAGUGUUGAGCAAACACGGUAAGGUUGUGCCUCGUCAAUUCCUGUGGUGAAAUUUAGUGCUUUUUUGAACUGGUAUCAACUGGUAGGCUAGUGCGCCCCCCAGGUUGGAUGCCAUGCACUAUUUAUUUCGCCAUGGGCAGUGGGCGGUCGGCACUCAGUUGGGAAGGCAUCGUGCACUACCAUAAAGAUCGGAUGAGCUUGACUCCCACUCUCCCAAUUAGGAUCUGUGUCGAUCUGUCAUUUGCGUGAUGUAGUUGACUGUCCCGAAGAGAAGUAGCAAAAACUAGGCAUGCGAUGUUCAUAAGAUUUGUCUAGCAUGCUGACGUAUUAGGUUAGCUGACCUAUUCUGCUGAUGUUUAACACUUCGCUACGUACUGCAACUGAAACUAUGUUUUGGUAGAGACUCAAGAGAAUGUAAUUUAGCGUGGUUCUGUUCUUAA